CAUUACAGUACCAAUAAUUAAAAAAAAACAAGUAUGGAAGUAGGUACUUGACAAAUACCUUCUAAUUUCUAAUGAAUAUAAAAAUAAUUAGAGUUUUGGCUAUACUGUCCACAGCCUACUAUUUGUGGAUAUUUGCGUAAACCCUGGCAAAUCUUUCAGAAACACGUAAUUCAUUUUCAUUGUCUAAAUAUAGUAUAUGGGGUAGUCUAACUUCCUAACCUAUACAGGACGUAAUUUUCUGCGGUUUAGUGCAUAUGUAAGUGUAAUAAACGUUUUGUUAGUGCUUUCUUGUGAUACCGUCUCGAAAUAAUGGAUAUACCUUACGGCAAGAUUGCUAUAUAUUUAUUAACAUUUCUGGGAUACAUUUACUCUGGCUUUGGUUCCGGUCUGAUAUACAAUCUGCGGGAUGCAGUUUUGGCCGCAGAAAACGUGUUUGGGGAUGUAAUGAAAAACGUUAUCAACGUCGCACAAAAAUUUAGAACAAUGCACGAUGUUUUCGAUGCCGCAGUUGAAGAGGAUUGCGUUUUCAAAUGUCCGAAUGGAGCUCAUCCAAAGCCAAACAAAAGUCACAAACCAAGUGCCGACGGUUGUGGGUCUUUCGGCCUCAAAGUUAACACUAACUACUUACCGAUAGGGGAAAUGACAAAAUGUUGCGACGAUCAUGAUAUCUGCUACGACACCUGUAACAGCAAUAAGGAACUUUGCGACGUAGAAUUCAAGAGGUGCUUGUAUAAGUACUGCGACACGUAUAAAGAUACUGUUGCAGGCAGCAAUAUAAUAAAAGCUUGUAAAGGGACAGCUAAAAUGUUGUUCACAGGUACCCUAACGCUGGGUUGUAGAGCGUAUCUGGAUGCACAAAAGAAGGCGUGCUGGUGUCCUUCCUACGGAUGGAAGGACAAGAAAAAUUCGAAAUAUACAAAUGGCGCUGAUGAGCUGUAAUAGUUUCUUGUGUUUAGAAUUUUUUUGGAUCUGUUUUGUUAAAAAAAAUGAUUUAAAAUAAAGUGUUUGUACAUGUA